UUGAAUAGGCCCAUUAAUGACCAAAACUCAGCAGCUUGUAGUAGAGAGAGUAUGAGAAACAAGUUGCAGUCGCAGCACUGAACUCAACUGCCCGGAAAACGGAGGCGGCGUUAACGUCGGCCGGCACACACAGUGAGAAAAAAAUGAAGGUUGUUUCAGUAGCACUUAGGUCAUUCAAAUGCAAUUUGUCAAAUAGGUUUCAACAGACUCAUUUGCUUAGAAAUCUCUCUACUUGGACAUUUCCAGAUAACAGAACUGCUAAUGAGAAGGGUGACAAGUCAGAGUCCUUUGAGGAAUUUGAGAAGCGGAUAUUUAGUCCUGGGGGGACUUCCAAAACUGAUGCCAUUCUAGAUAAGCUGAAUCAACGGGUAAACAAUCGAGAUAGAUAUAGUUCAGUGCAGGGUGGAAGUUCCCAGUUUUUGGAUGAUCUAGAACAAACUUUUGACACAUUAUCUGAUGGAAUGGAUGGAAAACUGAAUAAUGCUGCUAGAUACUUUGAAUUUGAUCCUGAUGAAAUCGAUAAAGAGGAUUAUUCUUUUCGAUAUGAUACCACUUUUCAUCGUGGAUCAACAUAUACUCUAAAGGAUCUUGAUCUUACAAAGCCUGCUGCACGCAAACCCCCGAUAAGGAGUGAACUCUCAGUAACCACUAAAGAAGUUCUUAGUCAAGCUGAUUUCAGGAAUGUAAGAUUCCUAGCAAACUUCAUAACAGAAGCUGGAAUUCUUAUCAAGAGAAGCCAGACUGGCAUUAGUGCAAAGGCUCAAAGGAAGGUUGCCAGGGAGAUUAAAACUGCACGAGCUUUCGGCUUGAUGCCCUUUACAACAAUGGGUACGAAGUCAUUUAUUUAUGGGAGAACUAUGGAGAAUCUCGAUGACGACUUCUCUUACAGGAGUGAAAUUAGAAACACGCCUAGUGAACUUGAUGUGGACGGAGACAUCCCUUAAAGCAUCCAUAUUAAUGUUUAUGCUGUGGAGUUGAAUUAGCUUGCAUAAUCUAUUUUUCUUUUUUGGUUUCUGUACCGGGUUUUGAGAGACGGUGGAAAUUUAUUGAAUAAGUGAUUUUGCUGGUAUACUUUGAUUACUAAGGUUCCUAUGUUGUACUUGUAUAAAUUCUAUAGCCUUAAACGUUAUUUACUUGAAUCUGAAUAUUAUUGCAAUGAUUGGUACUUAUAUCAAAAUGUCAGU